CAUUAGUUUAACCUCUCUCUACCCUUCAGUCAUCUCAGUAGGAGCAAUGUGACACCUUCAAGGCCCAGGAGACAUAUGACAGGGCGAGAACAUACCCUGUGUGUUGAAAAGGGUGAGUGUGGGUGACAGAGAAGAGCAGAGAAGUCACAGUUACUGCGGAUGUUGUUUGAACAGGAGAGGAAUUCUGAAGCUACAACCAUUGCACGUCUCUCAGGGUAAUUCAGUGGUAGCUGUUGCUGAGUAAAACACAGUGGCAGCCAUUUUAUUUCUGCAGAAGUGAUCCAGAGAUGGCCAGUGAUAGUCACAUGGAAAACCUGUAAUGCAAGGUCAGAGAAGACUGAUACUCAACUCGCCUUUCUGCAGCUGCAAGAAAAACCAGCAAAGCAACGGAUACAUGGUUUGUUUGCAUUGUUUAUUUGGCUGUGGCAAAACUACUUUGCACCGAAACUACUAGCAGAUACAUUAUACUGUACUGAGUCAGGAGGGGGAGGAGCGCUAUUGGACUUAAGAAUUCCAUGCUUGGAUUUCACAGUGUGCACAUAUUUGCAGUCUGUGGAAUGCAAGGAGCCAGCUGUCAUUUCAUUCAUGUUACACUCUGAGCAUGGAUGCCGAACACUAGCAGCUAACACCAGCGGACUUCAACUGGACUUCAACAACUUCCACACAACCAGCAUCUUUGGAUUUCUGGAUGUGAAUGAAUCUUCCAUCAACGUGCCAAUGGAUCAACUCUCAAACUUUGAAAAUAUAGUUAAGUUUGUAUAGAUUGAUUCCAGCCAGACUUAAGAUGCUGUAAUGUUCCGUUAUGCAACAGAGGUAAUCCACAGCAUCAGCUAGUGUGUUAAGGGCAUUCUAGACAGGAUUACAGGCGUAUUACAUGAAACAGUGCAUGCUAUUGAAUCUGAGGUGGAUAACACGCUGCAGUAUUCAGAACCAGCUGCAGUCCAAUUUCAUAUAGAAACCAUCAGUGAAGUUGCGUCCUGGUCAGAGGAUUGGUUUUGGGUCCAGAUGUUCCUCAACACGUUGCUGGUGGUCCUGACGGACCUGGCGGCCCGGCUCCUGGGUAGCACUGUGUUUCGGCAGCACUUCCACCUGUUGCUGUCGGGAAUGGUGAUGUUCGGCCCUGCGCUGAGCUUCUGGGUCUCCCAGCACAGCAUCUUUGCCAAGAGAAGCCACUUCCUCUACAGGAUGUUCUUGCGCUCUGGUUGGGGCUGGACCUGCAUCUUUGUCGGCUCCUUCGUCUUUCUCCUCUCCUUCUCCAUUCGUCGCUCCCUCUCUCUGUCCAUGCGUCACCUCUCCCGGCUCGGGGUGGCUGGCGGGUUGUGGCUUGGUUUCUGUAAACUCCUGGACCUUCUAGAGAACACCACCGGAAGCUGCUAUGAACCUUUACUCAGCGGCCCAGAGGUCAUCAACGGGCAGCCUCUGCUGGUGUUGAGGGAAGGGGAGAGUAAGUCCGAGUGUCUCAAAGCUGGCAUGCUGUGGAGGGGCUAUGAAGUUUCAGAAGAUGUCUUCCUCCUGUGUCUCUGCUGCCUGCUGCUGGCUGAGGAAACAGCCGUGUUUGGACCUUAUCUGAGCCUGGGAGGGAUCUCAGAUGCCCCUCUGAGGAUCCUCUUCCUGUUCUGUGUUCUCCUGCUCUGGCUCUGGAUCUUUCUGCUGCUUUGUCUCUUAGCUUACUUCCCUCAGUUCCCCACUCAGCUGCUAGGGGGCGCUCUGGGAUGUCUGAGCUGGAGGGGACUGUACCAGGGCUGGUAUCGCCUGGGGCCCAGCUGGUACUGCCCCGGGAGACCUGGACAGGGCCUGCUCAACACUAAGACCACCAGUGUUGAAGCAGAGGACGCACAGUUGAACCAUGAUCACUGCAAUUAACUGACGAAACAAACACAUUUUAACACUGACACAAAGAUGAAUCAUGAACUCUCAGUGGUUGUUCGGAGAUGACUAAGAUGACCUGUCCGUUUGUGUUUGUUGUCCUCUUGUAACAGUAAGACAAGAAAUCCUGCUGAAACUUGGAACAGACAAAUGGACAAAAAGUGGACUUUUAAAAACGUAUCUCUUUUUUUCUAAUGUGUGACAAUGCAGAAAAUAUAUGCCAUAUCAAAAGGCUCAUUUCCUGUGACAUCAUAACAGGAAGUCAAAGUGGAGGACAAGAGAAAGUCCAUAAGACAAGGAUUUGGGACAACAGACAGCAGUGUCCGUUUACAUACAGGCUGGGAAUGUUUGAGAAACCCAGACUGUACUGAACCACAGCUUAGAUUUUGUUUGCAAUGCAGAGAAAGGAAGACUUGCUGAAAUGAUUUGAUGGAUAUGUGACAUAGUAAUUAACAACUAAAUUUCAAUUCAACA